AUGGUUGGGAUUCCGAACUUUGGAAGUGGUGCGAUGGAGAACUGGGGGCUGAUUACGUUCCGAAAGGAGAGUCUCCUGGUUGUGGAUGGGAAGAGUAGUGUGGAGGACAAGAAGAACAUAGCCGAGACAGUAUGCCACGAGCUAGGGCACAUGUGGUUUGGGAACCUUGUGACGAUGACGUGGUGGGACGACCUGUGGCUGAAUGAGGGGUUUGCGACAUGGAUUUCAUUCAAGGGGAUGGAGAAUGUUGGAAGAGAGUAUGUUGAUUGGGAUGUUGAGGGAGAGUUUGUGCAAUGGAAUGUGAUACGGGGGAUGGUGGAUGAUGGGCUUGGAAAGAGCCACAAGAUUCGAAUGGAGGUUUCUUCUGGAGGGGAGGUGGGAGAGAUUUUUGAUACGAUAAGCUACAGCAAGGGGGCAAGCAUUAUUAGAAUGAUUGAAAGGUAUGUUGGGGAGUCUGUAUUUAUGGAUGGGAUCCGACGAUAUAUCAAGGAACACAUGUAUGGGAAUGGGAAUGCAGGGAGCCUGUGGCGAGCGAUUGGAGAGUCGUAUGGAAGGGACAUUUCGUCGAUGGUUGAGGGAUGGAUUUCCCAGGCCGGAUAUCCUGUUAUAAGUGUUUGUGAGAGAGGAGAGGGGCUCGUUCUGUGCCAGAGAAGAUACUCUAUGUUAGGGGGGAGUGAUGAUAGCCUAUGGAUUGUACCUGUUGUGAUAUGGUGGGAAGGAGGAAUGGAGGAGAGGAUUGAGGUUGGGGAAAAGGAGGUUCUGGUUGCAAGGAGAGGAGAUGUAUACAAGGUGAAUAGUUCGUAUGGGGGGUUCUACAGGGUUGAAUACUGUGAGGCUGGAUUAAGAAGGCUUGAAGAAAGGAUGGAGGGCCUGAGCAAUGUGGACAGGGUGAACAUAAUUGAGGAUGUAUUUGGGCUAGGGUUUGGACUUUAUGGAGGGAUUACAGAAGGACUUCGGAAGAUAGGAGUGUACUACACGUCGACAUACAGUGUUGGAAGGAGUGUUCUUGAGAAGCUACUCCGGAUCAAGAGUGUGUUCUAUGAUGAUGCCGAGAUUGUUUCAGCAAUAGACAGACGAGUUCUCGAGCUGAUUGAAGAAAGAGUGAAUGAGGUUGAUGUUUCUUCUAUGGGUGGAUCUGUUGAAAAGAUUAGUAUGGACAAGUAUGUGUUGUCUGUAGGGAUUGAAGUGGGAAGUGAGUCUGCAAUGAGAAAGGUGGGUGAGUUAUGGAGACGGCAUAUUGAGGAAGGGGAAGAGCUUGGAGAGUUUCGAUGGAUUGUAUACAAAGGAGUUGUUGAUGAUAACAUUGAGUAUCUUCUGGAGAAGUAUAGGAAGGGAGAGACGCCUGGGGCACGGAGAGAGGUUAUGAGUGGAUUCAGCGGGAUAAAGAGGGAUGAGAACUUUGAGUUGAUUGUGAAGACUCUGCCGAGGUUGAAUGUGGAGGACAUUGGAGUUGUGAUAGCGAUAAUCUGCAGAGGAGGGAGGUUCCGUGAUAAGAUGGUUGAAUAUGUUGUAGAGCAUGGAGCAGAGCUGUAUUCGAUGGUCCAUAAGAAUGUGAUGCUAUAUAACAUCAUCAUCAUGUCACUCCGAUAUGUAAGCAGAGACUCGAUGGUGGAGAAGGUGGUUGGGUUCCUUGAUGGGAUUAAGCAUUCGGGAAGCAACCUAAGUAUUGAGAAGGUACGAGACGAGAUUGAAUGGAGAAGAAGGAUGAGAGAGAUAAGAGAUGAGAUUCUCCUAGGACUUUGCUCUUCGGAAUAA